AUGCUGCCGUUGAGCGAGCUGGUCACGUUGCUGUUGAGCCACGACAUGAGAUUCAUGCUGCCACUAAAACAGAAGAUGCGAACGAGGCAACGCAAGCUGUUUCCGUCAAUGCUCCCGUCUCGUCCAUGUUUAUCGAUAUGUCAGCGCUCUUCAACCCAGGCCAUUUCAAUGGAAACAGCCAUGGCCUGGCAGAAGCCCUUCCCCCUCCGCCAGUUAAUGCUCAGCUUCCAGGAGAUCAGGGAAUCUACCCGUCGCCGUGAAGUUCUUUCGAGAGCAAUUUUCCAACAUGCCAAGGCGGAUGAGCAAAGGCCCCUGGCUAUGGCUCGAGAGUGGUACGGGGAUCGUCAGGAUGUACUUCAACUCGUGCACGACUCGACUGCUGCUUUAAAAGAAGCUGUAGCAUUGCAGCAGACGACAGAGCACAGCAAAAAAAGGAAAACAAUGACGUGGCUCAAUACGAACGUCGACUCAACUGCUGCUUUAGAAAAAGCUGAAGUUAUUGAAGCAGACGACAGAGCACAGCAAGUGGGAAAUGGGAACAACGACGUCGCUCGAUGCAACCCUUGUGAGAGAUGCAUCAGGGAAUCUAUCCGUGAAGCUCUCGAGAUGCUCGAGCAUGAGAACGCGGAUGAGCGAAAAUCUUCGGCGGACGAAGGAACACAGCAAGCUCAACAACAAGAGGCAAAUGAAACCAACUACUAA